AGCGGGAGGGCUGUGUGAUUCGUGUUCCGCGCCCGCUCGGCCAUUACAGCGCGACGUAUCAUUGUUUGUCAACAAAUAUUGACACGAAAAUGUAACUUAGUACCGAGUUUUGUGAGCCAAUCGACUCAUAGUGAUGUGUUGAAACGUUAUCACGUCGGUGAUGCGAAGUUAAAAGUUUUUAAACGAAGAUGGACGGCGCUAAUGCAGAUUCCGACCAUUCUAUGACUUGGGAGGACUUUUUCGGUAGCACAACGGAUUUGACACCGACGUUGAUUGGGAUUUACGAUUCGUUAUUAGAGCCGGGAAAAAGUUUAAGGCCCGAAGAAACUACUUUAGAAACAGCUAAAGACGCAAGAAAUGAUCCACCAGUAGAAAAUAAUCUAAAAACAACAAUGACUAACGAAAUGGAUGUAAUUGUAGAUGAGAAACCUUUAGUCAACCCGUCUAAAUUAGCUGGAAGUGUCAAGCUCCCAAUAGCAACAGUAAACAAAAGUUCUUUGUAUAAUAAUCGAACUAAAAGUGAUAAAAAUGGUGCUAGUGAAGUGUUUGUUAACUCCAGUGAAAGUAAAGACAGAAUAUUACAUAGAAGUUUAAGAGAAACCAAAUCUGAGACGUCAACGUUUGAUAAUCUUUCGCCUAACGUGAGAAGGAUGAUAUCAAGUGCGACAGAGACAACAGCAUUAAAGUUUCAGAAGAAAACAGUAGGAGGUGGCAAAUCAUCAACCAGAUAUAAAUCUAAUAUUCCUUUAGUAGGCGCGACUUCAAAAAUAUCACAAUCGGGCGUAGAAAUUCUGCCUUCAGUAGAAAUUUAUGAUCAACCGUGCGAUAUCAGAUCUCAGAACAAAGUGAAACUAGAUAAACAAUCUCCUACGAAAAUACCUGGACUAAAACCAAAAUUCAAAGUUGAUGAAGAGACUUGCUACGAUGUCCCAACGAACAAUUGCCCCAUUAUAUAUGACGUUCCAGUAGUAGCUAGUAAAACUGCAUUUGAGUCAUUAUCUUUACCUUACAUAGACCAAUCUAUCGAACUUUCUAUAUCAUCGAAUGAUAGAGAAUUCGAUAUUAAAUUAUCAUCGAAAGAAAAUUCGCCACAGAAACCUGAGCCUAAAAGUUUGACACCAGAGGCAUCACCAGCGAAAUUUCCAAAAACGCUUAAUGGCACAAACAGUUUAUGUCGAAAAGAUUUUACGAGAACCGAAAGUCCGGCUAAACAGCUAUCCAAAUCUGGUCCUUACCCCGAAGUGGUAGGGUCGACAGGGAAUUUGAAGACAUUCGUGAAUCCGGAGAAGGAUUUGAAACUAAAUCCACCAGCGGCGGAGGUUCCUCGGCCUUUAUCGAUGAGUUCUAUAGCAUCUUCAAGUUCUACAUCGAGUAGUGGAGUUCAGAAUAAAGGUGGAGUGAAUUCCGCAUAUUUGGCAUCAAUAGAAAGUCUUGACGAUCAUAGCGAUGCUGACAUGAUUUCGGCAAAUGGUAGCAACAACUUUGUCAACAACGCUGGUAUCUUGAAUACGAGUGUAUCUGAAGAAGGGAACUCCGAAACUAUUCCAAGACAGCAAGGCGAAGCUCCCGGCUUAUCCCAAUUGGAAAGAGUCUGCGCGGAAAUAGUCCAGACUGAGAACGUUUACGUUGAAGAUCUGCGCCAGGUUGUUGAGGGAUAUCUGCAUGUCUGGCGGCGAGAGUCGACCUUCUCCGAUGAAGAGCUGACAGAGCUGUUCAAUAACAUCGAAGAUAUCUAUGCUUUCAACAGGUCACUCUGCGAAGAACUGAACACGUGUCGACUAGACGCUACUUGUAUAGCUAGAUGUUUCGUCAACAACACCACUGGUUUCUCCGUCUACACUUCUUAUUGUACCGGCUACCCUCGUACGAUGAAAAGAUUGGCCGCUUUGGCAUCAGAUCCGGACAGCGCAAGGGAGUUCAGGGAGAAACAACUGGCGUUAUGUCAUCCAUUACCACUUGCAUCGUAUUUGCUAAAGCCCGUGCAAAGGAUUCUGAAGUAUCAUCUGUUAUUGCAGAAUGUAGUGAAGCAGUGUGCGUCUCGUGAGACGGAGUACGCCUUACUGAAGAUGACGGGCAUCGCGCAACACAUCGAUGACAUGAAGAGACGCCACGAACAUGCCGUUAGAGUGCAGGAGAUCCAGUCUCUGCUCUACGGCUGGAAUGGACCUGAUUUGACCACCUACGGAGAGUUGUGUGCCGAAGGGACAUUUAGAGUAUUCGGCGCGAAGGCGAUGCGUCACGCCUUCCUCUUCGACAAAAUGCUGCUCGUCACCAAGAACAGAGAAGACGGCAUUCUGGCUUACAAGACACACAUCAUGUGUAACAAUAUGAUGCUGGUGGAGUCCAUAGCCGGGGCGCCGCUAUCGUUCCACGUGAUCCCGUGGGACGCGCCGCGCUCGCAACUAACACUGCAGGCCAGGUCUGCGAGGCACAAACGAGAGUGGACCUUAUUGAUCAAGCGGGUAAUAUUGGAAAAUUACCAAGCAGUGAUACCAUCACACGCCAGGCAGCUCGUUAUGGAACUGGGACAGAAUAAAACUGAUGAUGACAUGCUAGCAGAGAAAUCGCAUAACCUCAUCACCCAAGCAUCCAUGAGGAAGCAGUUAUCAGCGCCAGAAUAUUUGGAAAAGCGUAAACUAGACAGAGAAAGAAGAAAAAGUUUCGAAAAUGGCAUCAGAGGCAGGUUGAAGAAGGUCAACAGAAAAUACACAGUUCCUAAUUCUAGAUCCGAAAUCAGUCAAGAUUGUGAUUGUGCACAGUUUUCAGCCGAGAAGGGUAUAGAUUACACCUGUGAAAAUUGUUACGUAGAUCUCUGUUCUGAUUGUGAAGCAGAAACUGCAAAAGAUAAAGUUAAAAAAGAGGGCUGCAGUUGUAGAGGUGAUAAUGAAAUUUCCGGCGAAAAAUGUCCUGAAUGUGACAGAUUACUUCAUUACAUUGAUUCGGGGAGUGCCGAACAUCUCGAAAGGAAACUCUCAAGCUGUAAAUGUUCCGAUUUUAAAUCUUCCGAAGAAAGUUUUGGUAAAGAAUUUACAAAUUCUCUUACCAAAACUCGUGGGUACCAUUCUUCAGAUAAUAUUGUCGGUUAUACAGAAGGACCAAAGGGGACAGACGACUUGACGGACAAUAAUUCUUUAACAAAUAUUAGAAAUAUUCCUAAAACGUGUCUUAAAUGCGCUAAAAUCAAAGAGAACAUUGUUGUGACUGAUUCUACUAAUACAUUACAUUCAAGAAAGUCUCGGUGUAAUGAAGGUGACAAACACAAAGAAAUGACACGGUCGAAGUCGAGAGAUGAUCCUCAGAGGUCUAAAUUGUCUAAAAUUGGAACUUGGAGAAGAAAAUCUGAACCGGGACUCCCACAAAAUACAGGGGCAUCGAAAAAAUCUUUAGAUAGUGACAGUGAAAGAAAUGAUGGACGUGGUUGUGAAAAAAUUGAAUUUGAAUGUAGGAAUUGCGGAUCAAAUAAAAUUAGUAAGAAAAAUAGGAGUAGCGAUGGAGUUCAAAUCACCGAUUCAGAGCUAGACAACACAAAAAAACCUAAUUUAGAAAUAAGAAUGUACAACACGAAAAAUGUACCAAAGAAAAUAUCAAAAUUAAAGAAAAACAGAGCUAAAGGACUACGACUCGGUUCUGAUACUACUGCAAAGUUUUACGCUGACUUUUCUACUGAUGUGUCUACUGAAAAUAUUCUUCAUAUAUCGGAAUCAAAUGAUAGCCUCAACAUUGAUAAGCCCAACGAUGUAACUAAAAGAUUAGAAGUUCCAGCAACAAUUAGCAAAGAUGAAGAUAUAGAUGAGGAAACUUACAAAAGGUUAAUAGAAAAGACAGAUUCUUUCAAGAAAAAUGAGUUAGAAAAAGGGAAGUAUAUGAAUAAACAAAAAGUAAUAAACGAAGGUUCAGAAACCGAGGAAAAAACGAACGAAGGAGAACUUAAUGAAGAGAUUCAUGAAGACGAAGCUGAAAAACCACUUGAACAAAUAAUAUCACAGUUAUUAUUGCAAAAUAGGGAAUUUCAAAGAUUAUUGAAAAAGCAACAACUCAGAAACACUGCCCAAAGAAGACAUCAGAGAUUAUUAAAAUCCCAUUCUAACCCAGAACAAGCUAUAUUACAAAAGAAUGGUGAAUCGCUUAAACUGAAGCCUAAAUAUGGGCGGCAGACAUCGGAAAACAUAGAUUGUGAUCAAAGUUGUGAUGUAGAUUGUACUAACACAACUGAAUCGCUGACUAUGGUCGAACCGGAACAACUUGAUGAUGAUCACAUUUACGAAACUUUGAGAUGUGAUGGCAAAGAAACAGAAAAUUUACAUACUUUGAAUAAUAAAAGUAAACUAAUUCAACACCAUCAUACACAUCUUGCUAGACCACGAAGAUUGCCGUCUCCACCUAACAAAGACCAGAUUUUUGCUGAAACUAGAACUCCAGGUCCAGAUUCCGACUAUGUGUACUUAUCAUUUGACCAAAUCAAUAGAAAUAGAGACGCAGAAAGUAUAUAUGAUGUUCCAAUAUCACCUGAAAAACCUGCUAAACUAAAUAAGUGUGACAAUUAUGAACAUAUGGAGAACAAAGGACCACCUAAGACAGAAAAAGAUAACAUGUAUGACACACUUUUGGAACUUCGAAGAAACAAAGAUGAAUCUGAUACUCUAGCAAGUGAAUAUUUACCCAUGACUGCUAGUCAGCAAAGUCCUAAUACUCCAGAAAUUUGGCUUAGUCGACAAAAAGAACACUUCACUGUAUCACGUGACAGAAAGUCUGGUUCACUGCCACGAAGUUUCCAAGUUAUUACUACCAAUCAAGAAGAUAAUAAUUUGAGUUCAUUUAAAUGUAAACCUAACAGCAAUAGUAAAACAUAUCUAAACAGAGAUGGGAAGGUCAUGAGCACUGACAGACCAUUUACAAUUGCAUCAGAUAAGAGUGAAAUCAGUUAUGAUGAUGUUGAAAAUUAUAUGAGUGAAGGGGAUAUUCUUAAAUUUAAAAGGGACUCUAAAAAUAGUGAUAAUGAAUAUGCCAAGAAUGUUAGCCAAUCUACUUUAGAAUUGGAGGAAGAAAUUGACCGCUGUUACAAAAACAAUUUUGAAAAGAUAAAUCUUGACAAGAACAAAAAUGAAAAUUUACUAACAGUAUCCCAGCCAAACCUUAAUAUUUCAACGACAUCUUCAUGUGAAAUAUUGCCUACAGAUCAAAAUGAAGAUAAUCCUCCUGAUAUAGAAAUAUUUCAUCCAGAGCAUAAAAUAUAUAAGCCAACUGGAAAUAUUUUGUCAUUGAAAAAUGUUCUCAGUAGAUUCAAAGGUCGUAAUAAAAACAAUGAUGAUACUGAAAACGCCAAUGAUCAAAGUAGUCCUGACAGUGGAAAAUCUGAUGUCAAAAGUCCAAGUAAUGAAAAGAAAUCUGCUCUAAAUCCCAAAAAUUACUCUAAAAACCUAUUACAGAGAUUUAGAAGUAUCAUUGGUGACGAGCAUUCAGAUGAUAAUAAGAAUGAAAUAAAACCUAGUUGUGUUCCAGAAGAUUCACAAAAUAUACCUCUUAAAAGUGAAAUCAAGGUAGUAAUUACAUCAACAGAAGGAAGCCCGACAACAUCGACAUAUGUGAAUUUAAUUAACAGUGAAUUGUUGAGUAAAAGCGUAUUCGAACAAACGACACUAACCGAUAGUCAACAUGAGAAAAAUAAUCUGGAUGCCUUAUCUUACAGUUGUGAUAAUAUAAAUGAAAAGGACGGUAAAUCACGCGUUAUAUAUGAAAAGAGUAUAAGUUUAACUUCCAAUGUAUCUAGUACGUCUUCACCUUCAAAAUCGAAUAAUAGUUCCUACCAAAGUUUAAACAAAUUACCUAUUUAUAUGCAAGGAAGUAAACAUUUAGGAGCUAGAAUAGCACAAUCAGAUUAUCUCGAUCCAACUACUUUAUUAAAAGAAAAAUCGACUUUACAGAACGUCAAUGUUCUGAUUAAUAAAAACGCCGUGAGGCCAGACAGUUUAUUUUCUAAUUCUUCGUUUGUUACAUCAUCUAGUGAAGGUACGUAUUUGGAGAAUCAAAGUAAAUCAUAUCGAAAUGAUUAUGAAGAAUCAGCAAUUACCAAUACCAACUCAGAUGAAAGUUUCUAUGAAAAGUCUUUCGAAAAAAUAGAACAGGUAACAGAUGAAGAUGUGUUUAGAGAUUCAGCUGUUUAUUCCGAUCAAGAAGAGUCUGAAGAGAUGAGAACAGAGUCUAGUGGUGAAAAAACGGUUAACAAAUCUAUUUCACGUGUGGAUAGCACCAAACGCUCGUCUUCAUUUAAAUCUCAAAACGUUAGUACUACAAUUAGUUUUAGUCAAAGUACUAGCUUACACACGAGAGUUUUAGUAAAAACAUCCAAAACUAACUUUAUGAAUAAUACUGCAGCAGAAUUGAAUGCUGAGAAAGUUAAAUCUAAAGUUGCUCCACCCGUUCCUGUCAAACCUAAAAUUACUAAUAUACCCUCAUCAGCAUCCUUCCAAGCAAAAACUUAUGUACUUAAUAAAAAUAAUUUAAAUAAAGCAGAUGUUAAACCUGAAUCAGUAAACGUAAAGACUAUUAAGAAAAAUGUGAAUCAUAAGCAGCCAUUGAUGAAAUCAGAAUCUGUAAAAGAAAAACCAGUAAUAUCUGAAACAAAUGAUACGAAAAUUGCAGCAGCUGAAGAUGGAAAUGAAACAGAAAAAAUAAAAGCUGGAAGUAUACAUUUAAAAAGGAUGGGAUUUGAAAGAGCAAGUCUUGAUUCGGCGACACGAAAAAUAAAAACGACGAACGAAAUAAAACGAUCGUCGAUAGAACAGCCGAAAGUUAUGACGAAAUCGGUUUUAGAAAGGCGAAUGGAAAUCGAGCAAAUGUCCAAAAGUCAUAUAGUAAAACCCAGUGUCAGUAUAAAAAAGCCUACACCAAUAGCAAGACAGAAAUCUAUCACAACGAAAGUAGCUACAUUUGAAAGGAAUGUUAAUGAGAACGCAAUGAAAGAUGUUAAGAAUACAACAAGUUGUGCAGUCGAUAAAGACAACAUUCCCGCCAAAAAUGUCAAUGAAAUUGUCGAGAAUGAAACUGAUCCGAAGGGUAGUUGGGUCAAGCAAGUUGUCCAUAAAUUUCAAUGAGCUUAAGUGAUUUUACUCACUGCAUUUAAAUAUCCGUCUGUUUUUGUACUCAACUUUUAUAAUCCCUUUAGUAUUAGAUAAUCGUAGUUUAUGAGUAUUUUGUUUAUCUUGUAAAUAACUCGUCAAACUCUUUGAGAUUGAUAUCUUGUGCCAUAGUAUGUACAAGAUGAUUAUGUAUACGCACAAUUAAAAAAAUGUCACUGUAUAUAAAUCUUUCCAAUGCUUAAGCCUUAUUUUUUAUAUUCAUUAGUGCCAUGCAAAAAUAUUUAUACUAGGAUUCAAAAUAUUCUCUUUUCGUGUUGUUUUGGCUAUAUUUUAAAUUAAAAAAAAAAAUGCUUUUUUUCAGUUUUAUGUGCAAUCAGAUCUUUAUUUAUUUUUAAUUUUAAGAUUUCGUUGUGUAAUUACUAACACCAAAAAGUAGAAAAGUUAGUAUUAUUUAUAUACUAAUAUCGUAAUGAUCCCAUUUGGUUUGUUUAAAUACCUGAUUAAAUUAGUUUUCAUAGUUUGUAUACCUAAUAUGACCUUUUUUAAUAUCUAACAUUUAGUUAGUCUAUUUUUUACGCAUAAUUGAUUUCAAUCCCAUUUCGCACCUCGUAAUAUUUAGUAAUUCAGUAAAACGAGUAUUUUUGUACUUAGUAUUUUUCUGUACUUAUUUCGGAAUUAAUUACGUAACCGUUAAGACUGUUAGUUUAAGUUUUGACGUUAUAUUUUUGAUUUUUUGUUAAUAAAUGUCAAUAGGACAUAAUUUAUACGAAAAAUCAAAAAAAUAAAUUCCUAAUCCUAUUACCUAGUGUAAUAUCUGGUGAAAUGUAUUAACAAUAUUUUUAUACGCUGUUCCUUAUUUUUGAAGUGCACAGUUGUUUCUUUUUCAUCCACGAAUCCAAUACGGGUUAAAUUUAUCUGCGGUUGCGGAGGUCAAAUCGGAGUCGCUUUGUAAAAACCUGACUCACGCAAUCUAGGACAAAGGCAUACCCUGGGGUCUUCUCCAGAGAGGUGAGGAUGCAACCGGGACUAAAGCCAGGAGGAAUAAUUGGAUUUUUUUUCAUAUAAUGCUGAUAAGACAUAAUUAAAAAAAAAUAUAAUGAAUAAAGUAUUCAUAUAUUGUAAAUGCACUGACAAGACUAGGUACCUACGUACGGAAAAUUUACGAUUAAAAUCCUUGCUAAUCUAAUGCAUACCAUACUCAAGUUCAAUUGUGCUUUAAAAUUUUCUACAUUUAUGUAGUCUUGUCAGUGUUUAACAUCCAUAUUUACAUAAACUAUUAUAUUCUGUCGGCAAUUGUAUGUUGUUGUCUCUAUCAUUACCGUUUUAAAGAAAAGGACAGCGUUACAAAAUGUCACUCUGACAGAUUACUUUUACUCUGUAACAAAAAAUUAUUUGUGGAGCAUGUAGUACUAUAGGAAUUACUAAUAUUCUACCUUGAUAAAGGUAGUUUUGGUAAUAAAUAAAGACUUUAAAAUGA